ACUAUACAAUACAGACCUAUUAAAGAACCAUAUCCUUUCCUAAUUAACCCUACACUUGAAGUUAAUCUUUCAAAGGAUCUCUAGUCGCUUCUCUGCGCCAAAAAAGACUACAGCACUUUCAGAAUAGUCUGCAUUAUUGGGCUCAUUAAUUCACCUAUAAUUCAGGCCGACAUACAAAGACGUUCAAGAUUUCUAUGAUGGAUCAAGUGACCCAAGGCUCUGGGCAGCAGCAAGGCAGACAACCCCCAGUCUAUGAUAUCAGAAAUGGUGGUCACUAUGGUGCAAGUGCAGCGCUUUCAGCACAAGGAUAUGCUCCAGUAGCAGAACUUUAUACUGGCACUUGGGCAAAUGUCAAUCAAGGAUUACAGGGAACAGCUCGCGACAUUUUGACAACAUACUGGCAACAUGUCAUUAACCAUCUCGAAUCCGACAACCAUGACUAUAAAAUACAUCAGUUACCCUUGGCAAGGAUAAAAAAGGUUAUGAAAGCAGACCCGGAAGUUAAGAUGAUCUCAGCUGAAGCACCUAUCUUAUUUGCAAAAGGCUGUGACAUUUUCAUCACGGAAUUGACUAUGCGAGCCUGGAUUCAUGCUGAAGACAAUAAGCGACGUACACUGCAAAGAUCAGACAUUGCUGCAGCCCUGUCCAAGUCAGAUAUGUUUGAUUUUUUGAUUGACAUAGUCCCACGAGAGGAGGCCACCUCGCAUGCGAAGCGGUCGAAUCAAGCAGCCGGUGCUGCAGUCACUGCCUCUACCGGAGGGGCGCCAGCUGGUCAAAUGCCCCCUCAGCACAGUGUUCAGCAUCAUAUGCCCCCUCCUGACUAUGGUGCGUUGGGCCAGCAUAGUCUUCCACAAGACCAAGAAUACAGAGCCCAGCCACCUCUGUAUGCAGGUCCAGUGCAAUCAGACCCGACUGCAGCAUACGCCCAGGCGCAGCCGCAAAUGUUUGAGGGCAUGUACGCUGCUUAUCCCCAUUUGCCACCCCAGCAGUAAACUGCAAUACAGGCUAGCCUCUCUAAGUUGUCUAGUGUAAGAGGAGUAUUUUUGUUUCCACGGCCGGAUCGCACAGGCAUAAGUAACAUCCUUGAAUACUCCUUUCUUUUCUCCAUAUGGUUUCUGUGGAAUGUACGUAGUCUGUUGGCAUAGUGCAAUAUUGAACAUUUCCAUUAUACUACGGACAAUACCACGAAAUAUAUCAAAGAGAACCCCUACUAUGUUCUUUUUCCAAACCUCGAGGAGAGAGUAGAAAAUUUGUCGGCUUUAGUCGGGCUUUGCAACGUAUGGGUGAUCCUAGCAUUUUUGAGUAGGCAAGAUCGGAAAAGAAUAGCGAAUUACUUACUUUUCUAAAAGAAUGGGGCCAUUGAGAGCAUCGACUCGUCCAUAUUUCUUAUUCCUAGUCGCGAUAUCAUAGAAUUCGUCCGUGUUUUCGGCUUGCAUUAACUGCACAGUCUGCUGUAACUCGU